AAGCCUCGUGUUGCUGGAGGAGCUCGACCUCGGCUACAACAACUUGCACAACAUCUCAGGGGCGAUCACCGUGCUGCGUGGGUGCCAGAACCUCAACACACUGAUUCUCACCAACAAUUUCGGCGGUGAGGAGCUAACCGAUGAUGGUAUUAUUGGCGGGUUCAAGAACCUCGUGGUGCUAGACCUUGGUGAUUGUGCUCUCAGGGGCAGGGUUCUGAAAUGAUUGUCUCAAUGCAGGAAAAUGGAGGUGCUUGACCUGUCACACAACCAAUUGGUCGGCACCGUUCCGUCCUGGAUUAGUAGGCUUGACCAUCUUUGCUACUUGGAUCUCUCCAACAAUACAUUGGUUGGCGAGGUACCCAAGAGUUCUGAGGGCCUCAACACCUCUGGGUGUUCACCGGACAUCGAUUUCACUAACAUGACAUUCUAUCUAAAGCGUAGCGGAAGAAGCAAACAUGGCCGACAACGUAAGCAUGCCCCAAAUGUCAUAGCUGGGACCAAUAACGUUGUCAGAUCUGGGAGCAACAAUGUUAUAGCCGGGAACGACAACACUGUAAUAUUUGGGAAUGACAACGCCGUAUCCGAGAGCUACCAGUUCGUAUAUGGGAAUAAUCAUGUUGUAACUGGGGAUCAUCACGUUGUAUCCGGGAGCAACCAUGCCGCGUCUGGGAGCCACCAUGUCGUGAUUGGGAAACACAAUAUCGUAUCUGGGACCCACAAUGACGUAGGUGGGAGCAAAAAUAUCGUAUCCGGGAGUAAAAAUGUUGUAUCUGGGAGCCACAAUACCGUGUCCGGUAAGAACCAUUUUGUAACUGGGCACAACAAAGUCGUAACCUGAGGUUAAUGACUGUACACAUCAUGGUAUAAGUGGGCGCGUUGCCGCGUCCGUCUGUUCCAUGGUGUCAGAAGAAGUACUAUCAUGCAUGAUCCGAAAAGAAUA